UGUCCUUUUUUGCAGGGAUUGCUGGGAAGAAGAAGGAGGCUGUCGAGGUUGGGACUUUGGUGAGGGAGGCAUAGGCACAGCCACUCUCAAAAGGAAUCAUCCUGAUCAGGACCAGAGUCCCCUUCUCGCUGUAAAAAUCCAGGGCGAGGUUCCUGUGUGCUGUGUGCUUGAAGAGAAUAAAUUUGAUACAUCCACAACAUCUUCUCAUCCUGGAAAUCAUGAUGGAUGAGGACAUCAUCGAGGACCAGGCCAAGCUGAAGCAGGGCCUGGUCAAAGUGCUCCAGUGUGUGGCCACUAUCUCCUCAGCAGCAGCGGUGGUUAACCCCAUUUUUGGCGUGGCGGGUUCCCUGAUCCGCGUGGUGCUGCACCACGUCGAUGACGAGGACAUCCGCACUCUGAAGCGCGAGUUCGGCUCGGUCAACCGCGCACUGGACCAGCUGUCCCAGAUGAAUCGCAACACGCUGGUACAGAUCAAGAAAGAGACGCUGGAUGGCCAGUACUGUCGCGUGGAGGAGAACCUGAAGAACCAGUUCAGAAAGUUCAUGGAGAUGGUGGAGGCACGGCCGGAGCACCGCGAGGGCAAGAAGGACGACUUCGAGGAGAGCUAUUCCAAUGACUUGGGAGAUCAGAACCUGCACACGCUGUACGACGGCGUGGUGGGCAAACCGAAGCUCUUCAGCAGACCCAUCCUGGAGGUCUACCUGAAGCAUUCACAAGGCGACCGGCAGACUAUGGAGCGACUCUGCACCCGGCUCACCUACCUGUUCUGCAUCGGCCUCAUCGCCCUGAUGGGCUACUCCGCCGUCAUUGGAGACGACGAGGAGGGUCUGAGCGAGGAGUGGGCCGAGAAGAUGGAGCACGUUCAAGAGAAGAUGCAGGAGGCUCUUAGCAAGUGCAAAUAAGGAAGCAUGCUGUUUUCUUUCUCCACUGCUGCUUUAUCUUCAUAUUCGGGACUCGUGUGUCCACAUUCCCUCUGUAACGCCUUCCUUUUCUCUCCCUAUAAACACUUGUAAGCAUCUAAAGUAGGUCGACUGCUUCCAAGCCCAGUGAUGAUGAGCAACAGUAUGUCUCAUUCUCUUCAAAACACUAACUUCUGGCAUGAGCGAUCUUUGAGCCACAGGCUGUUUGCUGUCCAAGUUUAGGUGAAGACAACUUAAUUAUUGCACAAUAUUUGCCUUGUCAUUUGAUGAAUGUGGUUUCAGUUGAUACAGAUAGAGGACGCUAAACAGCAGUGGGAUCAAUACAAUGAAUCAUUAAUCUACUCUGAAAGUUAAUUUUGAGCAAUGUAAGGAAAUUGCACUUACACACUUCAGUGUGCGAUAUUGCAACGUAUCACACCCCUUUAUGCACUUUUGGAAAUGAUUUGCCAUAUAUUGUAGUUUUCUGUAUUACACUACAAGUUAAUCAGUUUGUUGGUAUGUGCAAUUAGCCUGGCUGAAACCUCAACCUCGGAGGCAACUGGAUACAGUUUAAAGGGGAAGAGGAAACUUGGCUUAGGCGGCUGUCAUAUUAAUGUAAAUCCACUAGAGGGCCUCCUGUGAAUUCCUUAAAAUUUUAGACUAUAUCUUAUUUUUAAUUGUUGGAUAACUGCUAUAAGAGAGUUAAGUCGUCAAUCAAGUUAUAACUAUAAUCUACAAUAUAAAAAAGGUAGAAAACGAGGAACAAACAAGCCAAAGUUUGAAUCUAACUACACCAAUAUCCUCAUAUAAUCAACAUACACUAAACAUGAUUAUACUCUCAUGUGCAAAUAACAUAUGUGCCACAAAUGUUGUAUGUUUCAUAUGCAUGGAGUUCGUGAUACACUGCGUACACUUGUUGCUCUUGAGCACCAACUGUAAUCGGAUUUUACACUAAUUUCUGUUUCUGCUCUACCAAGUUCUUUAUACUUUUCUUCUAGUGAGUAUUUUUGGUUAGAAAAACACGGAACAGUACACAUGAAAUCUGAUUUGUUUGUAACGCUACACUACUAUCUGGCAAAACACUUCACCACAGAAGGAUACACUAAAUAUAAUUUGCCAUUUAUGAGGUCAAAUUAAACAAAUGCAACAUGUGCUUCCGUUUACGCAAACCAUCAUUGUGUUAUGAUUAUUACACAACUGAGAUGAUUGACUUUUAAAAUGGAUCAUAGAAAGGUCACUGGACUUGUGCAGUUCUGUCUCUUAUUUUCUAUUACAUUUAACACAGGAAGUGUUUUUGUAAUAAAAAAAAAUAUAUAUAUAUCAGUUUCUUUGGUAUAUGGCCUUUUAGAACCUAUAAAACAUUUAAAGUCCAGUAUUUGGGUUGCUUUUUAUUUUUUUUUACAGUUAAGCAUCAGCAUGAAGAGAGGUUUUGACUCUGUGCUCUUCUCAUAAUAUUUCCUCAUCUGACCAACAGUGCCUGAAUGUGCCAUUAGUUUUAUAUCAUUGGCUUUUUUCCUUUUUAAGCGUUUUUGUCUUAAUCAUUUAAGUAUAAUGUUGUGUAUGGCAUUAUGUUUUGAAAGGUCUGUGCGCUACAGUUUAGAUUUGAAAUUUGUGGUUUAAAUGUUUAUAAAUGUCUUUUUUGUUUGUUUGUUUUAGCAAACGGGUGUUAUCUAAAGUACUCGGCAGGUUUUGGAUUGCUGCAUCAGGACAGUUCAGAUUGUCAGCAACUAAACACGUGAUCACUAAACAAUAUCUGUCAUUAAUUACUCUCAUCCUUUCAAUACAUAACUCUGUCCUAAAGUGGUUUAUGGUUGUGUGGCAUUGUGCCAUAUCUCCUAUUGUUACAACAGAUUCAGUAUACGCUACAAAUAUAUAGAGUCAAAAUGCUGUCGAUAUUAUAUGAACCUCUUAAAGGCUUUUUUUGAAAUGUCAUAUUUGUGAAUAUGUUGCCUUUUUUGUUAUGAGUCUUUGAUGCCUGGUUGUAUAUGUUCCACUAUAAAUAAACAUAAGUGAAUAAUAA